CCAGCAUUCAAACUUUAGGCGUCAACCGGAUCAGACCUUGCGGGCUUUACAGUUUAAAGUUUAAUAAAUUCAGCUUUUUAUAAUAAAAAUAAUAUAAAAUAAAUUUGUUAAUUUUUUUUUUCCACGCUUUGAUUGCGUAAUUUAAUAUUCUAUUAAUUAUUAUUGGUCAAUCAACAAGUGCAACGCAAUUCAUAGUAAAUAAUUGUUCGCGAGUGUGUAAACAGUGAAUUAUUAAAGUUGUUUCAAAACAGCGGGGAAAUUUUAUUUUAAAAAUUUCUAAUUAAGUUUUAUGGUUGGAUAAUUAAAUAUGGAUUUUUUGUAAUUUUUUUUAAUUGUGAUCAUGCUGCUUAUUCUUCUCGGAUUUUUAGCGGCAGGUGAAUGCAGUAAAUUCGCAGAGGUAAAAGUACCAGCAAUAGUGGAUCCUCGUGAAGAAAAAGUAAUACUAGAGUGUAACUACAAUCUCGGUGGCGAGCAAUUGUAUUCAGUUACUUGGUUGAAAGAUGGUAAUGAGUUUUUUAGGUAUAUGCCGAGCGCAAUGCCAGGAAAAUUACAACAGCAACAGCAAAACUCAGAACAGAACCAGUACAAGCAAAAGCAGUCGUUGUCGAGCAGCAGGGUUGUGGAUUCGCCCGCCGCGGCGGCAUUUAAUGUACACGAUGGGGUGGUGCAAGUUGAGUUGAGUGAAAGCAACGACAAACGUGUUGUCAUACGACAACACUUGGGUGACAAGUGGAUAAAUGUAACCGGAUCUUAUGGUUGCCAAGUGUCAGGCGAAAGUCCCAAGUUUGAUAUUGUCUACGAUGAGGCGGUUAUUAACGUUGGUAUACUCCCACAAAGAGAUCCAGUCAUCGAAAAUCUCAGAGAACACUAUGAUAUCGGGGAAACUCUUGACGCCCAGUGUAUUUCUGCUCCCAGUUAUCCCACAGCUCAAUUGUCUUUUCUUGUCAACGGCCGAGAGGUGGAGAAAUCAUUGACGACAGAAUUCCCCAGUGUGGGAAGCGGCGUUGAGGGUAGCCUAGUCUCGACAACACGUCUCGGAUUGUCAAUGUCACUUAGCGAUCAGGACUUUACUGCUACGUCAGCUAGGAGUCUCCAUCUUGUCUGCCGAUCGAUUCUGCCAGGUAUACCAGGUGCCAAGGCCCGCGAGACCAAAGCUAUCAUUUACCUUUCUGCCAGCAACCAGAAACUCGCCCAAGAAGCGCCAACCCCAUUCUCCUCCCGAGCAGACACCAAUUCUCAUCAUCACUAUAAAUUAUUUUUAUUUUACACCGUCAUCCUCGUCCUCUUCAAUUUUAACAGCGUGCUCUAGUCAGCCGAUUACACCACAAAUAAAAAUAAAAAUAAAAAUAAUAAUAACAAAAAAACCAAAAA